UGAUUCGCUCCUCUUCAGCCGCUACAUGGAACUGAUGGACAAGUCAUCCCUCAAGUGGCUCACGGACGGUCGGAUCAACACCAAGAAAAACAUUCAAAUCUCACUCGGCUCCAACUUGCCCCUGUCGAACGAGAUGACGUUCAUUCUGGUGUUCAGCAUGCUCUACACUCGCGAUCCGCACCAACUGUUCGAACUGCUCUGCCUACAGCUGCGAUCGAUCGUGAAGGCCUACAGCCAGGGACUGCAGGAUCUCAUCACCGAGACCAGCGACGGCGAACUGCAGUACAACCCUACGGAGCUGCUCAAUUAUAUUCUCGACGGCUACGAUAAGCUGUGUCACUCGGCCAAGUCAUUGUCUCCCUUGUUGUUCGAGCUUCAACGCGGCCAUCUGCAGCAGUUCUCGCUAACGUGGUGUCUGAUCAACAAGCGCAUGUACCAACGGUUCGUGUACCUCGAGGUCCAACGGAUCAUUCCGGAGUGCAUACUGAAGCUGAAGGAGCUGCUAUUUGACGAGGAAUACAAAACAAUGGUGUACCGAUUUAUCCAGUUCGACGACGAAAUGAACUCAACGUCGCAGAUUUGGCGGGACGUGUGGUCUUUGUUGCAUGACUACCACAAGGCGAAAGAGGAUUCAGCCCGGAGAAAGCGCAUCACCUCGGCUCACUCGCUUCUGGUGGCCGUGCGAGAGUCGGAAUUCAACUUCGACGCGGAAGUUCUGCGCCAGAAGGAGCGUCCCAUCGUGGAGUGGCUGGCUCUGGAGGAUCGGCAUUUGGUUUGGCAGUACGUUGUGCAUUGCCUAAAGACGAAGUGGAUCGCGUGUACAAAUCCACGGAUGGUGGCUUCCAUUGAAAACAUACAGUGCCGGAAGUGUAACUUCGCGCUGGCGACUCACUACGUUGAAUGCAACUGCUGCACGUGUCUAAUAGCCGGUGGAACCUGUUUGGGAAAAUCCAAGGAGCAACUCUACUGCGCCAAGUGUUCUUUUUUCAAGAAACUGGACCGCGAUUACCUGGACUACAUUGGAGAAUUUUUCAAUAAACCGCUGAACGAAAAACAGGCCCUCGAAAGGAAGCACGUAAAUGGCAUGACAAAUUCGUCCCAGUCCGGUGGCUCGUCGUCCAGUUCUAUAACGGAAAUCGCGUUACCAGAUUCGUCCGAAACGGAGCUGCAGCAGCCGGCUGCCGAGCGUGGUUCCACUUCCUCGUCGUCGCCGGUAAAGGACGAGGACAAUUCGAGUUCAACUGUGGUGGCUACCAGCAAUGCAUUGGCGGAUAAUACUAGUCUCUACCAUAUCUCGUGGGCUAUCUUCAAACACCUACCGGAUCGGGUACCGUACACAUGGACGACGCUCGAGCCCAAACGAUUUUGCAUCUUCCAGAGCGAACCAUGCAGGAUCAAUGCAUGCCGGGUUGCGAUCAACAUCAUCGCCAUGCUCUACCCUUUGAACCUGUCCAAGUUUCUCAUCAAGUCGUACCAUCCCCUGAAGGAGGAGGAACGCAAGAAGAUGGCCGAGAAUUGGAACAUCGAUGUUAAGAACUUUAUGCAGAGGGUUCUGUGAUGAUAUCAACAAACGUUGGCGAACUGAGGUAGCCGACCGGAUCCAUCCGCUGCACUUCCUCGA